UGAGCAACGGAAACCAAAAUGGCGGCGGGUCAGGACUGAAGUUCUAAAGUUUUCGUUGAAUUUUACCCACAGUUUUACACAAACCAGGCGGUUUCCAGCUCCUAUCAGAGUAUAUUGAUUUCUUUAUUUUGUAUUUCACCAUUUUAUACGGAUGGCAGACCACAGACAGUCGGCUCGGGAAGCCAUACGCACCUCUGGGUUUUUCAGUGAUGAUCGUAUUGCUAGUUCAAAGUUCGUGAAUCCGGAGCAGCCCGGCUACGUGGGCUUCGCCAACCUGCCCAACCAGGUGCACCGCAAGUCCGUCAAGAAGGGAUUCGAGUUCACGCUGAUGGUUGUUGGUGAGUCAGGACUAGGCAAGUCUACCCUGAUAAACAGCCUGUUCCUGACAGACUUGUACCCAGAGAGAGAGAUCCCAGGAGCUGCAGAGAAAAUAGAACAGACAGUGAAGAUAGAUGCGUCGACGGUGGAGAUUGAGGAGAGGGGGGUGAAACUGAGGCUGACGGUGGUGGACACGCCCGGAUACGGAGAUGCCAUCAACAGUAAGGACUGCUUCAAGCCUAUCCUGUCGUACAUAGAUGACCAGUUUGAGAGGUACUUCCACGACGAGAGCGGGCUCAACAGACGGAACAUCGUGGACAACAGAGUACACUGCUGCUUCUACUUCAUCUCCCCCUAUGGACAUGGACUGAAGCCGUUGGAUGUAGAGUUCAUGAAGGCCCUGCACCACAAGGUCAACAUCGUUCCUGUCAUCGCCAAAGCCGACACUCUCACACCAAAGGAGGUCCGCGCUCUCAAAGCAAGGAUUCUGGAGGAGAUUGCUCAGCACGGCAUCAAGAUCUACCAGAUGCCAGACUGUGACUCAGACGAGGACGAAGACUUCAAGGAACAGUGUAGGCUGCUGAAGGCGGCCGUGCCAUUUGCUGUGGUUGGAUCCAAUCAGAUGAUUGAGGUCAAAGGGAAGAAGGUCAGAGGUCGGUUGUACCCCUGGGGCGUUGUUGAAGUGGAAAACCCUGAGCAUUGUGAUUUCAUCAAGCUGAGAACCAUGUUGAUCACCCACAUGCAGGACCUCCAGGAGGUGACCCAGGACGUCCACUACGAGAACUACAGGUCAGAGAAGCUGGCCAUCAACAAACGCCGGGCAGGAGCUGCAGUUGCCCUUGGGCACAGUGGCCCUGCCGCGGUCAGUGCUGCGAAAGAGGGACAGGGUGAGGAGAAGGACAAGAUUCUUCUGGAAAAGGAACAGGAGCUACAACGGAUGCAGGAGAUGCUCGCCCGACUGCAGCAGCAGAUGCAGCAGCAGCAGACCACGCAGGUGGCCGGUGCCAACAACGUCCAGUCGCACCACGUCUGAGCGCCGGACAACCGCCGUCACGUAGCACUCACGUCUCCGUACACUGCUGCAAAAUUUCACUCAAACUCACAUCUUUUGACCCACCGUAAAUGCAUUUAAAGUUUGCAGCACAAGAAUUUUGCAUUAAGGGUAUACUGCUGCAAAACGUCACUCAAACAUCUAGGACCUACUGUAAAUGCAGUUUUAAGUUCGCAGCACUGGAAUUUUGCGUUAGCUCUGGGUGUCUGCAGUUACAUGUCUCUGUACACUGCUGCAAAACUCCACUCAAACUCACGUCUAGGACAUACUGUAAAUGUAUUUUAAGUUUGCGGCGCUAGAAUUUUGCGCUAAAGGUGAAAAUCGGGGCUUUGCGCCGGUCUUUAAGUUCAUAGUUAAGCCACAAGGCACAAUGACAGGCAGAUUACAUGUUUGUGUUGUAAUGGGUUGACAUCUGCAAACUUUGAAAACAGCUAGAAAAAUUACAACGUCACUACACAAACGUCUUAUGCUUAGGUGUCAGUACAAUGAUUAUACAUCAAGUUAAUAGUUAUACAUGUAUUUUAGUCUUUUUUUUAUUAUUCUACUGAUACAGCUUCCAUUAUAUUGGACAUCAUUUAUUGUAAGGCUGGUAAAAGAACUUAGGCUAGCUUCAAUUUUGAAAAAGAAAAAUGGUGAGAUAAUGGGUAAUGGGCACAUUUUCUGAAAAUCUGGUUCAGAUGCACAUCUUCCUACCUUGCCUUUUAGUAAAAAUGCUGUUAUAUUAUUUGGAUGUUUCUUGAUGCAAAUGAUUAGUUUCAACCCACCUAAGCUACAUGCUAUGCAGGAAUUUUCGCAAACAAAACGUUUCAGAGUUGACCCACUUGAGUGUGUAAUGUUUGAGUUUUUAGAAUUACUAAAUUUCGGAGGCAUAGGGGCCUGGGGGUUACAUGCACCAUUUUCAUCAUGACUGUAUAGUUAUAUUCUUAUCAUCAUCAUAGGAAAAAGUAAGGCUUCCUUUAUCAAAUAAUGAAAUAUAAAAAGAACAAAGUCAUCUUCCUUUGCGACUAGCAGUUUAUAGUCCACGGUCACCGAACAACUUACACUUGAAAAUGCAACUGCAAGCUUGCUAUACUGAAGAAGAAGAAGGUUAGAUUAUAUUACCAUAGCAAAGUGGGGAGUUCCUAAUACUUACCAUGGGAUGGAUAACUGUUAAACUCAGCAAACAAGUUAUAGAUAUCAACUACUAGUACUUGCACAAGAUUAUUUUGCUCCAAAAAUACAGUAAAGGCAUAAUUCUUUAUCCCUACCCGGCACGAAACAAAACAGAACAAAGGUAGCAUCAUAUUCGUUACCAACAUAGUCUAUUUAUUACAUGUACUUCAUAAUCACAUAUACACAUUGCCUUUUAUCCAGUACUGUUACAAAAUUCAGAUAUUGUCUAUAAACCUUUAAAAUUAAGCCAUUGUAGCACCUAUUAUAAUUAAGGUAUGUACCUGGGUAUAUUACUUUAUAACGUCACAAUCACACUCUACUGUUUAUAUGCCAAUUGCAUGUGUUUCAUUCAUUCAUGAGACAUAAACAUAGCCCGGUAUCCAGCUUUGAUCUGCUUCCCAACAAUUGCUACCAGUUUGCAAAAGUUGAGAAGGCAGAACAAACCUGAAUACCAGGCUAACGUAAGCAUGUUACAGGGUCACAAUAUGCUAUGACCAAAGGCAACUGUUAGUAUUGUCUUGACAAAAUGACUGAACUAUAGUUUCUAUAUAUUCAAAUAUCUACACUGGAAUGCAUUCCUUUUUUAUUCAACCUUGAAUAGCUAUGGACACAUGGCAAGUAAUGUCAAAAAUGUUACGUGUAUACAAUGCUUUCUUGUCUGUUCAGGUAAUUUUUGUGUGUGGAUUGGUGAUGACAAACUGUAUUUUGACGUUUACAGCAGAUAUUACUGAUUAUAUGCUGCUGAAACUAGUAUUAUUACUGCCAACAAUUCUUUCAUUUUAAGUGCCUUCAUGUGCAUAAUGCUAAAAUGGAGUUCAACAAAACUGUUACAACUCUUUCUGUUAGUGUACAGCCAUUCGGUGUUCUCUACACUUAUUUCUCGAACUAAAAUGUUACAAUGUACAAUUAAAAUCUACAUUUAGUAUUCCGAGGACCUAUAGCAAUGAAUUAGUAUUUCUAUCAAGAUGUUCAGCUUGCAAAGUUAGAAAAUAUAGUCAGUAGAGUUGUUCUUCACAAUGCUUUAAUGCAGGUAUUCAGAUUUCAGCCAGCUUUCUGCACAUAGCAUUAGAUAUCAAAUGUUACUUCAUGAAACUGUUGGUACUGGUCAGUCUACAAGUGAUGUAUAGUGGUGUAUAGUCAUCAAUGUCCACAUAGCAUUUAGCUGCUAUUAAUAUUCUAAAGCAUAUUUUCAUCCACUGAGUAACAAUGUACAGUACAUAGUAGGGGUAGGCCUAGCUGUCCAGUGAUAGCACUUUAGUUUUUUAUGGGAAAGGUUUCGAAUGGAGAAUGCACACAUCUUUGGGGCUGGUUCGUAUUUUGUACACUAAGAUGGGUGGUAUUGUGUUUUUCCUCUUUUCGAACAACAGAUCCCCCCCCACCGACCAAAUAACUGUCUCCUCUUUGUGUAUGCGUAGCUAAAGCUGUUGGGCAGUGUAGCUAAUAAAUGUUUUGGAA